CAUAAUGGCGCCGUCCUGUGGCGUAUUUUGAGGACAAGGGCAAAAGCUGCUGUCACGGUUAGUGUUGUUGUCAUAUGUGAGAAACAACCAUGGCGAGGUUUUUGAGGCCUAGCAUCAGGACUUUUGUCACCACACAGCUGAGAAUGUCAUCCGACCAGCUCGGAGAGCUGGGUUCAGGUGUAGGAAAAGGCGGUGGCGGUGGAGGGUCCGUCAGAGAGGCAGGUGGAGCCAUGGGGAAGAGGCAGGCUGCUGAGGAGGAGAUGUACUUCAAGCGUAAGGAGCAGGAGCAGCUGGCUGCACUGAAGCAGCACCACCAGGAGGAGAUCGACCACCACAAAAAGGAGAUUGAACGUCUGCAGCGCGAGAUCGACCGACAUAAGGGAAAGAUCAGGAAGUUGAAGCACGACGACUAAGUGAAACCUUCCAAAAAAAAUCACUUUCACUUUUCUCACCGACUCAGCCGGACACCUUUACUUAUUACUCAGAUUGCUGCAUGCACCGGGCCAGCCAUGAAUGUGUGGGUGAUUGUUAUGUAAAAGUGUGAAAGAUAUUAAAAACAAUUCAUCAAA